AUGGCACUAAAAGAACUCGAAGGACGAGCAGCACGAGAUAUCAUUAUAGUUCCGGCCGAUAAAGGAGGAGGUAUUUGCAUUCUAUCCCGGACUGACUAUGUCGCUGAAGGGAUGCGUCAAUUAAAUGACAAAUCGGUGUACCGACUUCUGCCGAAAGAUAAGUCAAGACAAAUUGGAAAUGAUGUUAUUAAUCUUUGCUCAAAAAUGAAGAAAGCUGGAGUAAUAGACGAUAAAUUAGCUAAAUCAAUCCUUCCAAAAGACCCCAAACCAGGUCGCCUACGCCUCCAACCCAAGAUACACAAAGAAAAUCACCCUAGUCGUCCCAUAAUAUCAACGAAUGGCACAGCAACAGAAAAACUUUCGGCCUAUGUAGAUUAUAAACUGACUCCGCUCAUGUGUAAAAGAGUUAUACCCUCAUAUAUUCGAGACAGCAUGGAUUUCUUAAAUCAUUUACAAAAAAUCAAAACAAUAGGACAGGAAUCUUUACUAGUGAGUAUGGACGUAGUCUCCCUCUACACAAACAUCCCCCACAACGAUGGCAUAGAAGCAAUGGAAAGAUACCUCAACAGAUUCAGCGAAGACAAACAAGAAAUCCCCUGGAUAGCAAAAGCAGCCAACUUAGUCCUGACAAACAACAACUUCGUUUUUGACGAACAACAUUACCUUCAAAUUCAGGGAACUGCGAUGGGAACAAAAUUGGCACCCAAGUAUGCAAACAUUUUUAUGGCAAACCUGGAAUCCAAUUUAUUAGACAAAACCCCUUUAAAACCACAGUACUAUUGCCGCUUUAUUGAUGAUUGUUUUCUUAUAUGGACACAUGGCAAAGAGAAACUAUCAGAAUUUGUUACCUUAGCAAAUUCUUUACAUCCAACAAUCAAAUUUACAUUCGAAUGCUCAACAAACUGGAUUACGUUUUUGGAUGUUAAGGUUCAUAUCAUUAACAACAAAUUGGAAACGGAAAUCUUCAGCAAAGAAACCGACUCGCACCAGUAUCUUUCGCCAUCGUCCUGCCACCCUAAACAUGUCACUAAAAAUAUUCCAAAAAGUCUAUUCAUCAGAAUAAGAAGAACCUGUUCAACAAAUGAGCUCUUUGAUAAACAUGCAAAAAUAAUGAAAACAUACCUCACGAAGAGAAACUACAAAGAAAAUUUAGUUGACGAUGCAAUACAAUCUGCAAAAGAACUCGACAGAAAACUCCUUUUAAUCCCAAAAACUGAAACCAAAAAAGAAACUUUGCUUCCCUUCAUCACAAACUAUCACCCGACCCAACCAAACCUUCGAAAAAUAUUUUCAGAUUACCAAUACAUUUUAGAUAACAACGAUAGACUAAAAGAAAUUUUCCCAAAACCACCAAGAUUAGCCUAUCGUAAAUGCCCCACACUAAGGGACAAAAUAGUCAGAGCAAAAUUGAAACCAGAAACUCCCGUUAAAAAGAAUCCAGGCUUUUUCAAAUGUGGCAGAAAAUCGUGCAGUACCUGCCAAUAUUCCGAAGAAAGGAAAAUUGCAACAAACAAACAGAAGACAGCAGAAAUAAGGAUUCGUCAAAAAGUUACAUGCAACUCGGAAAAUGUAAUCUACCUGAUAAGCUGCAAAAAGUGUGGCAUGCAAUACAUAGGAGAAACGGGAAGACAUUUAAAAUACCGAAUAACUGAGCAUAUUAGAAGUAUAAAAACCCAAAACAAAGAUCUGGUUGUUGGCGCCCAUUUCAGUCAACCGGGACAUUCGCUUAAAGAUUUGAGUGUCAUUGGCAUUGAAAAACUAUUUCAUGACCACAUUUAUCGAAAGAACAAGGAAUCCCAUUACAUUCAUCUUUUCGGGACACACGAGCCACAAGGGAUGAAUAUUAAGGAAGUUUAG